GUUUGUUUAGUAUUCUCAGAUAUUUCCGAUUUGACAGAAACUACUUUUUCCAGAAUAUUUAUUCGUUAAAACGUACAAAAAUGGCUCAUCUUAACUUAUUUGUUGUUCUGGUCGCGUCGCUUGUGUGCUUCACGUUGGCCGAAGAAAAAUACACAACUAAAUUCGACAACUUCGACGUGGACAAGGUGUUGAACAACGACAGAAUUUUAACCAGUUACAUCAAGUGUUUGCUGGACCAGGGAAAUUGCACCAAUGAAGGCCGAGAAUUGAAGAAAGUUUUACCAGACGCAUUGAAAACUGACUGCAGCAAAUGUACAGCUGUACAAAAAGACAGAUCAGAAAAAGUAAUCAAGUUUUUGAUCAAAAACCGUUCUAAAGACUUUGAUAAUUUGACCGCCAAAUACGACCCAUCAGGCGAAUACAAAAAGAAGAUCGAAAAAUUCGACGCGGAAAGGGCUGCGGCUGCUAAACAUUAAUUCGUUUCAUUCUUUAUUUCUUAAACUACUUUUUCUAUGCAGUUCCCGUUGUAUUAGAACCAGUACAAAACAAAUAAUGUAUUUCUGACUACUUAAGGUAUAUUUUAAUAUAAUGUAAUUAUAUGCUUAUAAAAAUUAGAUAAUAUAAUAAUAUAUGUUUCUGUUAAAAUAAAUAUUAAUUAUUUAUAAAAAA